CUUGUCGACUAUUCCUUAAAAUCUCCACAACUUCUUUCUUUUCCCUCCUUAUUUAUCAAUACACAGACUCGUCAUAUCCCUCUCCUCUGCGUUUACUAUUUUCCUUUCAUUUUCUGUUCCUACCCUUCUCAUAUGAUCCACAGAACUCCACCUCCCUUCGUAUCAUAGAAUAAGACAAACAGAACCACCUCAGGAUAUGAAGGUCUUUGAGUCAUCAUGCAUCUUUGAAUACCCGUGGGCCAACGUCUCCAUUGCGAACUGGAGGAAAUAUGGUUCCUGGAACACCCAUAGCACACAUGUCGUUGCCGUCGACACUCUGAACCGUAGUGUUGAUCCCAACACCGGAAUCCUCCGCACUGAACGCUUAAUUACCUGUAAACAAAAUGCCCCCCGCUGGCUAAUGAAAAUCGUCGGCGGCACCGAAGAAUCCUAUGUUAGAGAAGUGUCUGAAGUCGACCCUCAGCUACAAACCGUAACCCUCCGCUCUAUGAACCUCACGGGCUCAAAUAUAAUUUCUGUUCAAGAGACGGUAGUCUACUCUCCAGACCCUUCGAGCCCGGGGACCAAUACUCGUUUCCAACAGGAUGCACAAAUCACGGCGUAUGGUGCUUUCUCAAAGAUUUGCGCGGCAAUUGAGGAUUGGUCGGUUGAGAGGUUUGGACAAAAUGCGCUAAAAGGAAGGGUGGGGUUUGAGGCGGUGCUGGAGAUGUCGUCGAAGGCCUUUGGGGAAAUGAAGGACGGAGGAGGGAUGUCAGAGGAGAUCCAUGCUUAGGUUCUGGCUUGGUGGAUGGAUAUCCAUGGGGAACGACUGGAAUUUCCAUUAAUUCCUUCGGCGAAGUCCAUUAUAGAAUACCCUUUCUUUGUACACGUUUUCUUCCACGGAACGGGCAGCACCAACCGCUUUCAACAGCUUCGUUGGUCUCGUUUUCUCUGUUUGCUCGACUUAUGAUUGUCUGCCUCGCGCUUCCUUAUCUUCCGCGGUAGAAGGAUUAAAAGUUCGUUUCUCUUUCCCAUCAUCCCAUCCACUCCUACACCGCCCAUUAGACGUCAGUUUUUCUUUCCCGCUAUUUAUUAUCGUUGUGAUCCGGCGUUUUUCCAUCAAAAGUUUUCGCAUGUCAGGUUUUUCUCCCGCGGAUAUACCCAUUGGCCCACCAUCACGAUCUUAGAUACCAUUCCCUUCAUGAGUUGUCACGAGCUUUUAUGAUUGCGAUGCUGGACUCGGGGCUCUUUGUUUUUCUGUUGAGUUUUCUUACAUAUGUGAUGGGAGGGUGUGUUGAAAAAGGCCGUUGCGCGGGUUGAAAGUGUUGGUACCAUAAAAAAGGGAUGUGGCAAUUGUAUAGACAAGUGUUGUCGCGAAACCCUUAAGGUUUCCAGUGAGGCAUGAGGGUCACCCCAUGGGAGUGUAUAAAGAGCGGAGGGGAUCUUUGUGAUUGAUCAAGGGAAAAAGAGGAAAGGAUAAAGGAGAGAAGAGAACAGAAAAUUGAGAUCAGAUAAUACAGAAGAUCUAAAAAGUGACAGGAAACAAAUGGAGAAUAAAAAUGGA